AUGAACUCAUUUGAUCACCAGUCCUGCUUCGAGGAUACACGCUUUGAACUACUGAACCACAUUGCGGAUUGGCUUCUAUCGGAUACUAAGCAAAACAUCCUAUGGCUUCACGGUGUCGCGGGCUCAGGGAAAAGCACUAUUGCUACAACCGUUGCGGAGUUCUGUGGCAAUAUCUCACGACUUGGUGCCCACUUGUUUUUCAGUAGAGUCAAUGGUGCCGAAGAUCAACUCGCGUCCAUUUUCCGAACGAUUGCUUUCCAACUAGCUUGUUUCGACUCAUCAAUAGCGCGAUGUAUUGAAAGUGCUGUUCAGAAGAGCGAAUACGUCACCAAUUCCAGAGCUGAGGUCCAGUUCAGGGAGCUUCUUAUGGCGCCACUCACGGAUGCGAGGGAUAAGGUGCAUGGUCCGAUUGUCAUCAUUAUUGACGCACUAGAUGAGUGUGGCACACCCACUGCUCGAAGGAGCUUGAUGAAGAUUCUCAAGGGCGAAUUCGGAAAGCUACCUCCAAACUUCCGAUUUGUCAUCACGAGCAGGCCAGAGGACGAUAUCACCACAGCCCUGUCGAACCGACCGAACUCAGUAUACGAGAUUAGUUUAGGCUCUGUGUCGGCUGAUAGCAGGCGCGACGUUCUCCGAUACAUUGAUUACGAGAUGUCCAGGAUUGUCAACGAGACCCAGAUCGUUGUUCCGGAUGACUGGCUGUGGUCCAAACAGAUGGAAAGACUUGCGGAUGCUUCGGAGGGGUUAUUCAUAUGGGCAUCAACGGCUAUCAACCUCGUUUCGGAAAGUACCAGUAAAUUUCGUAAACUGAAAGAACUUGUGAAUGCAUCUAAUCGACUGAAGGGUCUUGACCAGCUUUACGAAUCGGUGUUGAGAAAUUCUGGAGUCAUUGCAAUGGACGAUCCUUCUUCUAUAGUUCGCUUCCAACAAGUGUUGGGCCUUGCUUUACUCAGCCGGGUACCACUCUCAGACAUAAUAAUUGAUGCACUUCUCGGCUUACCACCUGAGGAGCCAUCAUAUGAAAUUCUCUCAAAGCUCGGUAGUGUUCUUGUAUUCAGACGAGGCGAAUCUGUUCGUCUACUCCACACGUCUUUUGCCGACUACCUCCUAUCCACGCACUGCUCCCAACCGUGCAGCAAGCAUGGAAACUCUUUCGAAUGUCUAUCCGACCCAUGGUUCAUUGAUAAGGCCUCUCAGCAAUCGGCCAUCGCCUUGCGAUGCUUCAUCGUCAUGAAGGACAUGCUUCAUUUUAAUAUGUGCAACCUUGAAUCGUCUUUCAUAUACAACAAAAAUGUCACCAGGAUUGAGGACCGUAUCAACGAGACGUCACCGGCGCAUCUGCAAUAUGCGUGCGCGUACUGGGCACAGCACCUCGUCGAUGCAUCGUACUCACACAAGCUGUUGGAUGAGUUAAUAUCUUUCGCGCACAAGCGGCUACUGUACUGGUUUGAGGUGAUUGGCCUACUUGGUCUUGUGCACAGUAUUGCGAAUCGGGCGCUUCUGGACGGUGCAGCUUGGUCUGAGAAGCAUGAUUCAGACGUUUCUUUGUUCCUGAAGGAUGCUAGCAAACUCGCCUCAGCAUUUGCCACACCCAUGGCUGAAUGCACACCGCAUAUCUACGUCUCCAUGCUCCCACUCAUGAAGGAUGAUUCGAAGGUGGCAGCUCAUUAUUCGAAACAGACAUCAGCGAACGUAGAGGUUGAUCGAAUAGGAACGAAGCGACCGUCAUUAUGGUUGAAAGUGUUGGAUGGACAUUCGGAUAGAAUUCAGUCGGUCUCAUUCUCGCCUGACGGGAAGCGUGUCGUGUCGGGCUCGGGUGAUGGAACAGCCAGAAUCUGGGGCGUCGAGAGUGGUGAGGUGCUAUGCGAAUUUUUUGAAGAGAACGGAGCGUACGUCACUUCCGUCACAUUCUCGCCAGACGGCCAGCGCAUUGUCUCUGGGUCGUGGGGCGGGACAGUCACGAUCUGGGACAUUGAGUCGAGGGCGGUGAUCUCAGGGCCAUUUGAAGGACAUACUGCGGGUGUAUAUGCUGUCGCAUUCUCACGUGAUGGAACGCACGUUGCAUCGGCCUCAGCAGAUACAACAAUAAGAGUGUGGGACGUCAAGAGCGGGUUUGCUGUUCACGUUCUUGAAGGACAUACGGCUGGCAUCUGUUCGAUCGCCUUCUUUUCUGACGGGAAGCGAAUUGUUUCGGGUUCCAGGGAUAUGACAAUUAGAAUCUGGGACACAGAAACAGAGCAGGCCAUCUGCGAGCCUUUUGCCGGACACACUGACGAAGUUUGGUCUGUGGCAAUCUCGCCGGAUGGCAGACGCAUUGUGUCUGCCUCGCGUGAUCGCACAGUGAGGAUCUGGGAUGUGGAUAGCGGGAGAGUUGUCACCGACCCAUUUCAGCAUUCAAACACUGUUUUCGCUGUUGCAUUUUCAUCUGACGGAACGCGUAUUGUGUCUGGAGCUGCAGAUAACACAAUCGUUGUCUGGGACGCCGAGAGCGAUAUUGUUUACUCUGUCGCCUUCUCCCCCGACAGGUCACGCAUCGUCUCAGGAUCCCACGACAAGACUGUCAGACUCUGGGACGCAUCAAUCGGCAAAGUUGUAUCCAGCACAUCUGUCAGGCACACGACAGCGGUUACGUCUGUUGCUUUCUCGCUAGAUGGUAGUCGGAUAGCGUCAGGUUCCUAUGACAAAACGGUGAGACUCUGGGAUGCUAAUGUUGUUUUUUCUGUUGCCUUCUCACCUGAUGGGAAACGAAUUAUCUCUGGUUCCUGGGAUAAGUGUGUCAUCAUCUGGGACGUGCAGGAUAGUAAAAUGGUAUUCACACCACUCCAGGGGCACACAGACUCCGUCACUUCUGUCGCCUUCUCUCCCGAUGGCACUCGUGUCGUCUCUGGCUCUGAUGAUAAAACCAUUAUUAUCUGGAAUGCAGAGAGCGGAGACAAGGUUGCUCAAUCAGAACAAGUGCACACGACUGAGAUCUUCACUGUUGCCUUCUCACCGGAUGGUAUGCUUAUUGCAUCGGCGUCUCACAACAACGAUGUUGUCAUCUGGAAUGCCGAAAGCGGGAAAUGUGUUUCCCGACCUUUCAAAGCACCUCAGGACAGUACUAGUACAUUUCCCAACUUCGCGCCACUGGCUUUCUCUCCUGACGAGAGAUGCAUUGCCUCGCGCAGUUCUGACGACGAUAUCAUUAUUCGUGAUGUGCAUAGCGGAAAGAUCAUUUUUGGACCGCUGAAAGGGCACAGCAACACAGUCACGUCCGCUGCGUUUUCACCCGCCAGUGCAUAUCUCGUUUCCGGUUCAUUCGAUCGGACAAUUAUUGUUUGGGACGUUAACAAUGGAGAUAUGCUUUCUGAGCCAUACCAAGGACACGCCGGUCCUGUUACUUGUGUUGCUCUUUCACCAGAUGGUUUGCAUACUGUUUCCUGUUCACUUGACGCAACGAUACGUAUUUGGGCUGUACCAGGCAAGGAAACCGUCUCCUCGAUAACUGGAGAACUGCCAUACAAUGCAGUCACCUCAAGUUCAUCCAUAGAAGACAUCAACGAAGGCUUUACGAGUUGGACUUUGUCUAGUGACGGGUGGGUAUUAGGCGUACAAGAUGAGUUACUUUUAUGGCUUCCUCCCGACAUUCGCCCGACUCUAUGGCGGCCACAGAAUACAGCCGUUUUCAGUUGUGAUUUUUCUACAAAGCUGAAUUUCAAGAAUGUUGCAUAUGGUCUACAUUGGCAAGAAUGCUUCAAUCCGAAUGUAUGA